UCUGGCGAAACAGCGAAGGGCUAUUUCAAUGACUUGUAAUCCAAACACUGAGAUAACUUUUACGCUCGCCCGCGACGACCGAGGUUGCUAAUCUGAUUUUAUACUUGGUCUCGCAUCUCGAUGAUAGAGCUACUGUCUGCAUACUGUCCACAUGGACGGCCAUGACCUGGAACAAUCUUGCGACCUCUGUCAACAUGAAGCUGUUGGAGUCUCAGAACGAGAGGGAUGCCCGUGUUGAGGAUCUCUGGAGGCAUCUCGACCCCAAGGAGACGGGGGAGAUUGACCUGAAGGGCCUACAAAGAGGCCUGAAGAAGUUGAACCACCCUCUCAAAAAUGCAAACCAUUUACUGGAGGAUGUCAUGAAGGCUGUGGAUUCCAAUGGUGAUGGCAAGAUUCAAUACGAGGAGUUCCGAACCUUCGUGGAGGAAACUGAAAGCCAAUUAUAUUCGUUAUUCAGAUCGAUCGAUAAAAAUAACGACGGAAAGCUGGUGAAGGACGAGUUAAAGGCCGCCUUCAAAGUCGCCGGCUUGACUGUACCACCAGCAAAGCUUGACGACUUUUUUGCGGGGGUUGAUCGAGACAACUCGGGAGCGAUAACAUUCGACGAAUGGAGGGACUUCCUCUUAUUCCUACCGAACGACACGCCAGGGCUUAAAGCUAUCCUGUCGUAUUAUUCUUCUACAGUUGCCUUGAAUGCGGAGGGAGAUACACAGUUGAGAGAUGAAUACAUCGACAGUUUAGGCUAUUUUGCUGCUGGUGGCAUUGCAGGUGUUAUAUCACGUACGGCGACUGCGCCACUCGAUCGACUGAAGGUAUAUCUCAUUGCGAACACCGGCAACGUUAAAGAUUCACUUUCAGCUGCAAAGAAGGGAGACGCAGUUAAGGCAGUCAGACAGGCCGGACGGCCGCUCAUAGAUGCUACGAAAGAGCUCUGGAAGGCCGGGGGGGUGAGGAGUCUUUUCGCAGGUAAUGGGCUCAAUGUGGUGAAAGUCAUGCCCGAAUCCGCCAUCAAAUUUGGCUCUUAUGAAGGUGCAAAACGUGCGCUUGCGUCGUUUGAAGGCCAUGGAGAUCCACAGAAUAUCAACGGGGUUUCGAAAUUCAUUGCCGGUGGGCUGGGUGGCAUGGUUUCGCAGCUUUGUGUGUAUCCCUUGGACACAUUAAAAUUCCGCAUGCAGUGUAAUGUGGAGGCACACGGCCUUCGAGGCAACGCCCUGAUUAUCUCCACCGCCAAACAAAUGAUUCGAGAAGGAGGGAUGAUGUCGGCAUACCGCGGUCUCACCAUGGGUCUCAUCGGAAUGUUCCCCUACUCCGCCGUAGAUCUCGGGACCUUCGAGUUCCUCAAGUCAUCGAUUAUGUCGUACAACGCCAAGAAUAUGAACCUCCCCCUGGACCACCCAGAUGUCUACCCGGGAUCCUUCGCCACUGGUACUAUCGGCGCCUUCUCCGGUGCUUUCGGUGCCUCAAUCGUUUACCCCGUCAACCUCCUCCGCACUCGUCUUCAGGCCCAGGGAACCGUACUUCACCCGCAGACAUAUACCGGUGUUGUCGACUGUGCCAGGAAAACCGUGGGGAAGGAAGGAGUCCAAGGCUUGUUCAAGGGAAUUACCCCCAAUCUCUUGAAGGUGGUGCCGGCAGUCAGCAUCACUUACAUGGUUUACGAGAACGCCAAGAAGGUCAUGCACCUUCGUUGAGCUUCUCUAUUGCAGGCAGCCCUCUUGUCUGAGCUGUGGGGUUAGAUUUAUAAUUCAACAGGGAUGAGAAAAGGGGCUUGAAUUAUUUCUGGGGAAACCUGGCAGCGAGCGAAGGGGAUACCCCUUGCAGUUUAUUUAAGGCGGUUGAGGUUUGAGGUUUGAAGGUGCUGGGUGAGAUGUAUGUGUGUAGCAAAGGGAUGAUACAAAGAUACCGUUGGGGUAGGAUUUAGCGGGGCGUUUGGGCUGGCGGUUGUGGUCUGGCGUUUUAGACAAAAUCUGGAUAGUAGCAGCCUACGGGUUUUGCAUUUGUGGAGAAAUAGAGCCUGAUGUAUGGAUACGCUUGUUUAUUCGUGGAUAUACUCGUUUUGAUAUGUUUCGUCUACGGUGAAUCAUAGCAGGCCCUUUAAGACGGCAG